AUGAUACCAGGUCAUUCAUCAGCCAGCAGCCGGCUGCUGAUCCUCUUGGCUGGUUUGCUGUUGUCGUUACUCGUCCCCUCGGCACACAGCGCCCCGACACCAGGUCAUCACCUCGGAGAUGACCUCGGCUCUGUCUUUAGCAAGGGCCUCAACCUUACUGCCAUAAUCGACACGAGCAUUACGAGCCUCGCAUCUCUCAUCGUGGCCCUCGGAUCUGGUCAAAUCAGCCAGAAUGGACUGUGGGGGCUCAUCAAUAUCAACAACAUUACCUCCAACGUCGGGUCGAGCCAGAACGUCAAUGGCACGAGUAAUUUCCUCUCCACCAUCAAGGGCGAGACCCUGGAAAAGUGCGCCGGCUGCCCCAGUGUCGCCGUCAUAUUUGCCCGCGGGACGUCGGAACCGGGCAACAUGGGAUUCCUCGCCGGGCCCCCCUUUGCCACGGCGCUGCAGCACUACUUCAACGGCACCCGGCUCGCCAUCCAGGGGCUCGAGUACCCAGCCAGCAUCGCCGGCUUCGCGGCCGGCGGCUCGUCCGAGGGCGCCGAGAAGAUGGCCGCUUUUGUCAGCGCCACGCGCGAGGCCUGCCCCGACGCCAAGAUUGUGCUGGCCGGCUACUCGCAGGGGGCGCAGGUGGUGCGCAAGGCGUGCGCGUCCCUGGGGGCCGAUGUCGCCGGCAAGCUGAGCUCCGUCGUGCUCUUUGGCGACCCCGGCAAUGGGACUGCCGUGCCGGGCGUCGGCGCCGAUCGAGUGUUUACGGCGUGUCACCAGGGCGACAGGAUCUGUGCCCGAGGCUCGGCCGUCUUGCCUGAGCAUUUGACUUAUAGCAUGGAUGCCCCCGCGGCCGCCUUGUUCGCCAUGGAAAAGACGGGCCUGGGCAUGGGCGGCGGCGAUGCGUUGCUCGAGGGCAUGGAUGAUAUCCCAAUGUUGAACCAGACACAGGAUGGGCUGGGUGACAUGGUCCUGGGUGAUCUAGGUCACGCAGGUGGUGGCGAUUCCGUGAUACCGGGACUCGGGUGA